GCAUUAUCAAUAUACCAUAAUGGGGACGGUAUUGAGCUUUAAUCCAAGAGAGCGCCAUCCGUUUUAUUCAUCCCAGACUAGCAUCCAAUAUAACCAACAAUCUGACGUUCGAAACGAAUAUAUAUUGGAAGGUUCUUCUUUAAUGGACUCUCAUUUGAACAACUUUUGUUACGAGCAGUUGAAUAAUGCCAAAAAUCAAGAAACGAAGCAAAGUAUUUGUGUUCCGCUUGCUAAAAACGGCAUAAUUGCGCAUAAUGGAUGUGGAAGAAUAAAUGUAGGCAAGCAAAGUCAUGUGACCAGCUAUAGUAUCAAUAAAUUGAAAGGCACAAAAGAAGCAAUUAACAAUGAUUUGGAUUUACACAAUGAAAAUUCUGCACUUUUCACCGAAAAAAAUACCAUUGAAAAGAGUAUGAAAAAGCAUUCGUUAUUUAUUAGUGCAUUGUCUUGGAAAAAACUUGCUGCGUCGCAUAAUAAAAAGAAAAUUGAAAAUAAAAAUAAAUGUGCUCAUAUACCUACAGGUUGUUUCAAAACUCAUCCGUUGGAUGCUUCAAAUGUAUCUUAUACCGAUAAAAAUAAAAAUGUUCGCUUGCAUUUCAACCAUAUUAACGACAGUCAACACAUAAAUUUAAAUCAAGAUGACUCUCAACCAUGUAACACGCUCUUUUCAAAUUCUAAAACUAAAAAGCAAAUAACAUCACAAGAUCUUGUUAGAAUUAACACCACUAAUUUUAAUAAGUAUAACAAAUUGAUUCAAAAGGAGCCUUUGACUUUAUCUUUGACCCCACAAUCGCAGACAAUCCAAAACAAAAACAGCCACAUUCCGAGGAAAACUGUAAUUCAGGCAUCAACCUCGGAAUUAUUAAAAUGUUUGGGAAUAUUUUUACAUUACCGAUGUAAAAAAUUGAGGAAUUUUGAAGCCGGAGAUGCCGUCAUGUGGUUAAGAGCUGUCGAUAGAAGCCUAUUACUUCAGGGGUGGCAAGAUGUGGCAUUUAUAAAUCCGGCAAAUGUAGUUUUUGUAUACAUGCUAAUAAGAGAACUGGUAGAUGGUGAAGAAACUAAGGAAUCGGAGCUGCAGGCAUCUGUUCUAACGUGUCUAUAUUUAUCAUAUUCUUAUAUGGGCAAUGAAAUAAGCUACCCAUUGAAACCAUUCCUAGUCGAAGACUGUAAAGAUAAGUUUUGGGAAAGAUGCCUUAUCAUUGUCAAUCGCUUGAGUAGUAAAAUGUUGAAAAUCAAUGCUGAACCAGGAUUUUUCACGGAGGUAUUCACGGAAUUGAAAUCAUGUGGGCAAAUUUUAUCCAACGCAAAUGGAACCUUUACCUGUACCAAUGCUUGAUGUACAGAAGAACUAAACGUAUACAGGCUCUCAUUUACACCUUACAUUCAGGCCCAAGCGAUAAACGUAUAUUUAAUAACAAUUAUAUGUUAAAUUGAAAAAAUACGUCAACCUAUCUUAGACAUUACCAGCGUUAAAUGCUGCAAAUAAAAAGUUUUAGAAAAGUUAAAAGCAGUUUUUAGAUUAUAAAAAAAUAGAAGGUAGGUUAGUUAUUAUUCUUACUUAUGUUAUUUUUG